AAAAUUCCACGGCAAAGGAGUAGUGCUGUCACAAACUCACAAGAGAGACAUUGAAUCGCUGUCGCUCUCUCACCCUCUCAAGCUCAAGCACAAGCACAACUCCCUCAAAGAUAAAGAAGAAGAAGAAGAAAAGCUUGGUGUAUCAGCUGAGAGAGAGGUGGGGGCAGAGAUUAUUAGUUCAAUCAUGGCGGACCAACACGACGACUUAGAACAACUCCUUGACAGUGCUGUUGAUGAUUUCCAGACUCUCAACCUUGCUCCUGCUUCUCAAAGAAGUGGAGAUGGUAAUGAAGAGAACAGAAAGCAGAAAGAGGAAGAGAAAGGGACCUGUCUUCCUUCAUUGCCAACUGGUGUUCAAGGGUUGGGAAUGGGAUUGCCUGACUUGAAAAGCAAGAAAAAAGGGAAAAAAAAGGUUUCUAAAGAAUCCCAUGUUGAGGAGGCUCUUGAUAAGCUUAGAGAACAGGCUAGGGAGGCUGUUAAAGGAUUGGAGUCUGUCACAGCCGCAUCUAAGCCUGAUGAUUCUACCAAGGAUGCAUUUACGGAUGAUUGGGUUAAGCAGUUUGAGGAGCUUGCUGGUUCUCAGGACAUGGAAUCUAUUGUGGAGACCAUGAUGCAACAGCUUUUAUCUAAGGAGAUUCUUUACGAACCCAUGAAAGAAAUUGGAGAAAGAUAUCCAAAGUGGUUGGAAGAACACAAAGCCAGUCUGAACAAAGAAGACCAUGAGCGUUACUCACAUCAAUAUGAACUCAUAAAAGAUCUUAAUGAUGUCUACGACAGUGAUCCUAGUAACUAUAACAAGAUAUUUGAUCUCAUGCAGAAAAUGCAAGAAUGUGGCCAACCACCAAAUGAUAUUGUCCAAGAGCUUGCUCCUGAUAUCGACUUUGCUAAUCUCGGCCAAAUAUCUCCAGAGAUGCUCGAGGCCCAGGGGAAUUGUUGCAUAAUGUGAAGCCAUUCCUUUCCUCUUGUUUCCCAUUUUCACUUGCUGUUUCCCUCUAUCAGUUAGGUAGUUCUCUUGAUAUGUUUCUGCAAAAUAAAAAUAGCUUGGUGAAAUUUUAAGGAUUUUCAAUUUUUGUAACAAUUAGAAGUGUUCAAUUACUAGGGCUUUUGAUCCAUUUUGAACUUGUAAGUUGUAUCUGAUUUGAGGGUUUCUUGGAAAUUGAACCUAGAUUUGUGGAAAGGGGGCUUUUGAAGCAAAUUCAACAAUAAAUUGCUUGGUGCUUCUUUGAAACAACCUUGUGUAUAAACAACAUUGAUAUUAUUGGUGAACUAAUUGAAAAUGAUCUUUAGUAUCA